CUCGAUGCUAGUGAGUGGAACAGUGUCGUCGAUUCGUAGCAAAUACCUAGUGAACCUGGUGCUGCCAUCGAGUGAUGGCCAGUAAUGGGGGGACUCUGCACGGGGUUCCCCAGAGUGUGUCACAGCAGCAGCAGCAGCAGCAGCAACAGCACAUCUGUUCCCAGUGUGGCCUAUACUUUGAGAGUGCGUCAUCGUUGCAGGUGCAUCAUAUGCACUACCAUCAGCAUGACAGCAUGAACCGUUGGGGUUCACAGCAGCAGCCCGUGGUCAGUACAACGCUCGGAACGACAGCGGUUGCAACGACAACCACCACCGCUACCACCAUAACAACGAACGGAACCGCACCUUCCUCCACGACGCCAACAUCCUCCGACACGGAGAACAACAACCAGCCCGGUUCGCAUACACCGACGCACACGACGGCCGGUUUGAAGCCGGUAGCUUCACCUCACACGACGAUAGCGGCCGCUGCCGACUCGAGCGAUAAUCAGCCACCAACGCCACAACCCACCAUAACGGAGCCGGGAACUCCACAAAGUUACGGCGGUGGUGGCACAUCGCCCUAUCACACUCAGCAGCAGCAGCAGCAGCAGCAGCAGCAGCAACAUCAGCAGCAUCAACAAGUAGGUCAUCAUCCGCAUCAGCUAGGAUUGCCCACCGGGCCAGCAGGCAGUGAGAUGCAUUAUCCCAGCUACAUCCAUCCCGGUUACGAUCCGGGCAGUUACUACUCCGGUGGACCUGGGUCGGGUCUAGAUUACGGUAGCGGUGUACUCGGUGCACCACUGCAACCGACCGACUAUAAAUCCGGCUCAUCGGUAGUGUCUUCGGCACGGUACCAUCCCUACGGUGGUGGUUCGAGUGGCAGCAACGGCGGAGGUGGUCCGGAUGGAUCUUCACCGACGGUGGUUAGCAGCAAUGGCGGUUCGGCCGGUAUGAGCCCGCAAGUGGUAAGUUCUUCCAAUGGUGUUACCGUAGCAGGUAGCGGCAGUGGAUCCACGACAGUGACGACCGUCGCCAGCACUACGUCCCAAUCGUCUCAGCCAUCACAUUCACCGCCGAAUGGGACGGGCGGAUCGAACAUUCCACCAACACCGUCCCCAUCGCCGAUCCAAUGCGAGAAGUGUGGUAUGGUGUGUGAGUCCGACGAGGCCCUGAACGAGCAUGAGGCCACGAUCCAUUCGAACGUGCAGGCAGCGCAAGAUCAGCAGCAGCGUGUCGAUCAGGUUGAUCUGCAGGGUGGUGGUGGUGGUGGUGGUAACUGCUACUCGUACGGUGCUGGAGCAGGCGGUACACCAGUGUACCCCGUGAAGGAAGAAGCGCCCGCCUCGGACAUCCUAGAUCUCGACUCGCAAAAGAUGGUUGGCUACGGGCCUGCGGGUGAUGGUGGCUUGUUGCCACCGAUGAACUCGCUGCAUCCGCUUCAAUCGAUGCAACGACACCCGAUGAUGUCCUGGCACGAUCCGCACAACUUUAUGGGUCCUCCGUCACUGCCACCUCCGCAUCCAUCGCACGGUGGUGGACCGGAUAUGAAGCACUCAGCGGCCGUAGCAGCAGCAGCAGCAGCCGCCGCCUACUACCAUCAUCCGAUCAAGUCCGAGUACUCGGCAACGCCAGCGAUAAAGUCCGAGUAUCUUGGUGGUGGUGGAGGUGGUCAUUACAGCACUACCGGCAGUCCGAUCGUGAAGAAUGAGUACAGUUUGCCACCUACAUUGCCACCACCGGCCGUGGCUCCUCAGCCGACGAACGCCCAGACGAUGAAGCAGUACGCGGACGAGAUGCACGACAAUCAGCUCGCAACCAGUCCGUCCGACUUUCCGAGCACUACCACACCGCAGGAAAGUGGCUCGCAGUAUCGUACGUUCGAGCCGGCAACUUCGUCGCUCCCAGGGACUGCGGGACCUACCAAGGGUACGGCGUGGAAAUCGAACGAAGCGCGCCGCCCCAAGACGUACAACUGUACGGCGUGCAACAAGUGGUUUACAAGCUCGGGUCAUCUGAAACGUCACUACAACACGACGCUGCACAAGAAUGCGGUAAAAUCGAGUGGACAGCCGGAUCCGGCUACGCUGCCGAUUAGCGUUCAUCAUCACCCGGGGCGUGAUCCGAACUAUGCGAACAAGGGUCGCCGAGGUGGAGCUGGCAACGGUUCAGGAGCCGGUUCUGGUGGAGGUGGCUCCGGUGGAGGUGGCGGAGCAGGAGGAGGAGGAGCAGGUUCGCAGAUUCAGCAACCUAUACAGCAGCCGGUACCACCGCCCGAUCCACCGAGAAGUCCCGAGUACGGGACGGGUCCGGGUGCGCAGCAGUACGGUGGCGCAUCGGCGGGGUUUUCGACGGCCGGGAACUCGCCCGGCCAUCAGCAUCCGGGCAGCGUAGGCCAGGUGGUCAGCUCGAACCAGUCACCGGGGUUUCAUCACCCGUACGCCGGCGCGACCAGCGCGAACGGCACCACAGCCAGCUCCACUUCUUCAGCGGUUCCCCCAAACGGGGUAGCAGGUCCCUCCGUCCAAGUCUCCCAACCGAGGGGCCUGCAGAUCUACUCGAACAGCAGCAACAGCCACAGCAUGGCGGAGCAAAUGGAGCAAGCCACCCAUACCAUUACCACCAUCCUCACGCCCACCACCCAUCCGCACACCUCCACGGUGGGCAUCCCGGACACCCUGGGCACCCGCAUCUCCACCAGCACCACCCGCACGCCCACGGACACCCACACGCCCCCCACCAUGGGCAUGGGCUCGCCGGUGGGCCAUCUGCAGCAGCAGCAGCAGCCGCUGCAGCAGCAGCCGCCGCCGCCGCAGCACAUCAUCAGUUCAAUGGAGCCCUACCACCACCCCCACACGCAGCCCCACACAAUGCACACCAUCUCCAAUCCUUUAACUAUCAGCACCAGCAUUCCAUCCUUCCAAACCAUCCUGCCGGAGGCACCGAGCUAUCACCUUAUUAUUGGUAAUGCGGCCCACCAUCAGCAGUACGCGUCGCCGAUGGGCAUGAUGGCUGGGAACGACCAGUGGAUCGAUGGGGCAGGUGGUGACGGGCUGAUCGAAUCGACGACGGGCGAUCGUAACGGAUCGUUGGGGUUUCCCCGGUGUUCGGGGGGCGCCGAGGUGUAUCAGGGCGAUACGGCGCCCCCCUUUUCACCUAACGUACCGGACCAGUACCAGCGUCCCACUAGCAGCGAUGGGACUACCAUCCUGACGAACCUGAAUGAUCAGCAGCAGCAGCAGCACCACCAGCAGCAGCAUCGAUCGCAACAGAUGAUGAUCGCUCACAGUACGAUGGGCAACAAGUACAAGGAGUAUACGCUCCAGCAGCAUGUCGACGUCGACCCGUACCAGGAGCAGCUGUUGUACCGCGUGGCCACACCUCAGCUCGGAGCGACUGCACCCGCCAUUUCACCCGCACCCUGCUCCCCGAGCGUCACGUCAACGGAUGUCGGGCAGACGCAGCUCCAGUCGGGUCAGGUAGAGUCGGCCAAGUCUAACAAAACGGCCAGUGCCAAUGGGCAGCCCGAGGUGCAUCGCUGCAUCGAGUGUGACAAGGUGUUCAACAAGGUGUGCUACCUGACGCAGCACAACAAAACGUUCCACUCCGGGGACAAACCGUACAAGUGUCAUCGGUGCGGCAAACGCUUCCCGUGCAAUCAAUCGUACGAGGAGCAUCUGGCCAAGCAUGGGGGCGAAAAACCGUUCAAGUGUGAGCAGUGUCCGAAGCAGUUCAACCACAAGACAGAUCUACGUCGGCACAUGUGCCUGCACAGUGGUUCCAAGCCGUACGCGUGUGAGCAGUGCGGCAAGGGUUUCAUCCGGAAGGACCACAUGAUCAAACAUUCGGAGACGCACCGGAAGAAUGUGGCGGGUGGCCAGGAACGUGGCGGGAACGGGGUGAAGCGAACCGGCAAGGCGGGAGGCGGUAUGAAGAAGGGCGGCAAGAAGGAUAUCGUUGGGCUGGUGGACGAAUGACGGUGGCUGAAUCUUCGCUGUCUUACACCGGAGCUGUGAAUGGGCGGCGAUCGAC